CUGCACAGCAUUCCUGGAAUAAGAAGAAAACUCUGUGCGUGUGGCAAAUUAGGAUGCUUAGAAAUUCUGGAAGUUACGUAAGCGGCAACCUACAGAUGGAUCAACAAAGGUUGACGGCACAUGUCCAACAGAUCUUGAAUGAAUGGCAGAUCCAGUUCUUGGUGCUUAUGAGCUUUGGCUUGCAAGCCUUCCUGCUCCUUUUCUCGGGUAUUAGGAAGCGUACCAUCUCCAGUGUUGUGAGAGUGCUCCUGUGGCUUGCCUAUGUGUCAGCCGACUCCCUUGCGACCUUUGUCCUCGGGCAUCUGACACUCCACAUCAAUGGCCUGCGCCAUGAGCUCGUCCUCUUCUGGGCGCCGUUCAUGCUGCUUCACCUUGGAGGGCAGGAGACUAUCACAGCCUUCUCCAUGGAGGACAAUAUGCUGUGGAAGCGGCACCUUCUAAGCCUCGUGCAACAGGUGGCGAUGGUCGUCUACGUCGUCGGCAAGCAGUGGCAGGGUGGCUCGCUGCUCAUGGCUCCCCUAGUGCUCAUGUUCACAUCCGGCACCAUUAGGUAUGCUGAGAGAACAUGGGCACUCAUGACUGCCGCCAAGUCUGCAACACCUGGGAGUUGUUUUGAUCUGUCCGACGUGCACAAGAUCAGCACAUACGCAUAUCUCUUCCAAAUACGCAAAUCGUUGCAGGAAGACGAACCAACUUACGCAAAGCUUGUGUGGUUAGCUAGUGUAGGACUCGACAGAUGGAUGGCAUUUUUGAAGGACGUGAUGCCCAGCCUGCAACGCGGUACCAAAAAGAUCAAAUUUUCAGAAGAGUUCCUACGCAAUAAGAACCGAGUUCAUCGCGCUUUUAAGUUGGUCGAGGUCCAGCUCUCUCUUAUCUAUGACUACUGCUAUACCAAGCUUGGAGCUCGUCACUGCCACCUCAGCCCAAUAGUCAGUGCGAUCCCCAGGCUCCUUACGCUGGGCUCAACUUGUGCAGCGUUGACGCUGUUCGUGUGGGCGGAUACCAGAGGUUCUCUUGUCAACUACCGUAGGGCUGACGUUGCUGUGUCGUAUACAUUGCUGAUCGGAGCUAUCGUAUUAGAAAUACUCUCCAACUUCAUGGUCAUCUCAUCGUACUGGGCAUACCUCACAGCAGUCAAGGAUUUUCCACGUGGAAGAUCAGCGAUCUUCAGCAUUGUGAAGCUAGCCCAUCCGGAGAGUAGAUGUCAGUGGUCGGACAAGCUGACCCAGUAUAACAUCGUCGGCAGGUGCAUAAUGGAGAAACAAGCUGGUCUGUUGGGGUGGAUCAUCCAAUGGAUCGGCAUCAGCAGCGACACUACUAGUGUUGAUGCCUCUUCAGACCUGAAAGAGCUCCUCCUUGAUAAGCUUUUAAACGUAGCAAACAGCCCACAUGUAGAUGAGUGGGAUUUUACCAAGUUCCAUGGCCAGUGGGCCAAAUGGGUACUCCAGAGCAAAUUCCAAGGGAGCACAGCUCAAGAUCUGUUCGUCAAAACCAUCGACCGUGUGGACUUUCUAUCCAACAUCAUCAUUUGGCAUAUAGCAACGGACAUAUGUCUCUCUGAUGACGAGGUAUGCAACUCUCCAUGCAGAGGCCCAAGCAGAAAGCUGUCCAGCUAUGUCAUGUACCUUGCUUCAAAACAUGGCAUUUUGGUCGGCAAUGAUGGGCAUUUUGUGCUCGAGAUGGCUCGACGAGAGAUCGUAAAAUUUGUUGAAGAAGAAGUUGGUGGUGACAAGAAAGCCCUAAAACAUUGUAAAGUUGUCAAAAGUAUGCGUGACAAGGUUGGCAGGGAAUAUGAUCUAGCCGAAGAACACAUUAAAGAAUUCCCUCAUCUUGAGGUAUUCUCUGAUGUGCCAAUCUUACCCCGUGUUAAUCAACUUGCCACAGGGCUUCUUAAGCUUAAAGAAAUAAUUGAUCCAUGGGAGCUAAUCAUAAAUGUAUGGAUGGAGAUGCUUUGCUACAUGUCACCUCACUGUGGAUCUGGAUUCCAUUUUAACCACGUAGGCACCGGCGGGGAGUUUGUCACUCACGUCAGAAUAUUGCUGCUGAAUCUCGGCCUGACGGUCUUUUUGCCUGAAAAUAGUACGACUAGAUGA